CAGCUGCCCAACGCUCCGCGAUGGCCUGGCCUGUGGUCCGUGACUCAAAGGAGCCGACACGGCGUAAAUACUAAACCCAAACCUUAAAAAACGACAAAGCACUGCCACGUCAUCUUCUUUAUUGCUCUUUCUUCCUCACCCACACUCCACUCAGAGAGAUAAGCACUCGUGAUCUCUCUCUCUCUCUCUCUCUCUCUCUCGAUUCUCUCUUUACGAUCUCGUUUUCUCAUUCUUCUCUCUCUCUCGAUUCUCUCUCUACGUGCUUCUCUUACCCCCCAAAUUCUUCCUGUCAGGUUCUCUAUUAACACUGCAUUACCUCCUUGUUUGUUUCUCGAGAAACUUUUUUUUAAUUCUCGAGUGAAAAAAGAAAGCUAAUUUAUUUUUUUCAACUGUAUAGCUGUCGAUUCUUUUAUUCGUUUUUUUAUUUUUUCAUUCUUCGCCACUGAAUCUGCUGCUCAGAGAAAACAAUUGUAGCUUUGCCGCUACUCUCGGUGUACAAAUGGAGCCGUAGAAACGGCAACAAUAGAGAGAAGUAAACACUUAUAGUUUUUUCCUUAUGAGCUGGUAAAUCUCCGAUCUUGGCUCUCUCGAAGGAUUUUUCCAUUCUCUGAACCCUAGAGUCGCUCCGCAGCAAUGCACGGCUACAGCCGCCUCGGAACCGGGCGGUCCAAUGCGACGCCGUCGUCUUCGCCGCCGUCCUCGCCGCGGUUCCGCCACGGCCGGGGCAAGAACAGCGGUGGCCGGGCCACGAAGCAGAGAAUGGUGGAGAGACUGGUGUUCAUGCUUGUGUCGGCGGUGUUUCGACGGAAAGGCGUGCUUUUGUUUGCUCCACUCCUGUACAUUUCGGGGAUGCUCUUGUACAUGGGCUCGUUGGGCUUCGACGUGGUUAGUUUGAAGAAUACUGUUGGCGUCGUCGUGCAUAAGCGCACGCCGCCGGGCUCGGUUUAUAGGAGUCCUCAGGUUUUUGAGAAGCUCUGGCCUUUCAUGGAGGCCGAGAACAAUGGAAGAGCCAACGCGUUGAUGAUGGCGUGGAAUUCAAGUGUGCAUCAAGGUUGGAAGCCUUGUGUUAACAAGAUUAUUUCAAAAACAGAAUUGCCAAAGUCAAGCGGUUUUCUAAUAAUUGAAGCUAAUGGUGGGUUGAAUCAACAACGUUUAUCGAUAUGCGAUGCAGUUGCGGUUGCUGGAUUGCUAAAUGCAACACUCUUCAUUCCAAUUUUCCAUUUAAACAGUGUUUGGAGAGAUUCCAGCAAGUUUGGUGAUAUAUUUGAUGAAGAUUUCUUCAUAAAUGCACUCAAAAGUCGUGUUGAUGUGGUGAAAGAGCUCCCAGAAGAAAUACGUCAGCGGUUUGACAAUAAUAUAAGUAACAUUGUCAAUUUGAGAGUAAAAGCUUGGUCAAGUCCAACUCACUAUCUCCAGAAGGUCCUUCCUAAGCUGGUGCAGAUGGGGGCUGCACGCAUUGCACCCUUCUCCAACAGAUUGGCUCAGGCAGUUCCUGCAAACGUGCAAAGCCUUAGAUGCUUAGCUAAUUAUGAAGCACUAAGGUUUUCCGAACCUAUAAGAAUGCUUGCAGAGAACAUGGUUGAUCGGAUGGUUAAAAAUAGCUCCCAGAGUGGGGGUAAAUACGUUUCAGUGCAUCUUCGUUUUGAAGAGGAUAUGGUUGCAUUUUCAUGCUGUGAAUAUGAUGGUGGGGCGGAGGAGAAACGAGAAAUGGACAUUGCACGAGAAAGAAGUUGGAGAGGAAAAUUCAGAAGAAGGGGUCGAGUAAUAAGGCCCGGUGCAAAUCGGGUGGAUGGAAAAUGCCCUUUAACUCCAUUGGAGGUCGGAAUGAUGCUCAGGGGCAUGGGUUUUGAUAAUACCACCUCAGUCUUUGUUGCUGCAGGAAAAAUUUAUAGAGCAGAAAAAUAUAUGGCUCCGCUUAAGCAGAUGUUUCCACGUUUAGAAACGAAAGACACUUUAGCUACGCCUGAAGAACUUGCUCCAUUUAAGGGCCAUUCAUCUAGGUUGGCUGCUCUGGAUUACACAGUGUGUCUUCACAGUGAAGUAUUUGUCACAACUCAGGGUGGAAAUUUUCCCCACUUCUUGAUGGGUCACAGGCGAUAUUUAUAUGGAGGACAUGCAAAAACAAUCAAACCCGAUAAGAGAAAAUUAGCACUAUUAUUUGAUAGUCCCAACAUCAGUUCUUUUAGAUGGGAAGACUUUAGGAUGCAGAUGCAAGACAUGCUUCGCCACAGUGAUCAUAAGGGAGUAGAAAUGAAGAAGCCCGCAGGGUCACUCUACACCUUUCCCAUGCCAGAUUGCAUGUGUAAACACGCAGAACCAAGAAAUGAAAACAGUAACACGACUGGACUUGUUUGAAACUCUGAUUAUACAAAUACCUAGGCUUUACAAAUGUAUUUUUUUUUAUACCUGUAUUUUAUAUUGUAUAAUUCAAUUUAAUUCUUCAAUUAUUCUUUCAUUUAAGCUGACAGGAGAGUCUCCGAGGUUUUGAUUCUUUGAUCACCUCUGCAGAAUUGGUAAUUUGCCACUCAAAAUUAAAUGUACAUGGUACUGCAAUAGUGUAUACUGAUCAGCUAAUCUCUCGAUUUAAAAU